AUGCAAUGGGUCCUGGUUGAGAGGGAGUUGUUCAGUAUCUACGUCAACGCCUCAAGCAACAGCGUCAUUGUGGAAUUUCUUUUAUUUCUCAUUGAUUCUUUCUUUCUUUUUCUUUCCUUUCGUUCUUUCAUUCUUGAUUCCAGUGCAUUUCCUUAUCUUUCUUUUUCUUAUUCUUUAUUUUAUUUUCUUUCGGCAUUUUUUCUCUUUCUUUCUUUCUUUCUUUCUUUCUUUCUUUCUUUCAAUCUUUCAAUGUUUUCUUUCUUUCUUUCUUUUUUUUUUAUUCGUCUUUUUCAUUUUUCUUUCUUUUUUUCUUUCAAUCUUUCAAUUUUCUUUCUUUCUUUUUUCUUUCAAUCUAUUCUCAAUGUUUCUUUCUUUUUCUUUUUCUUUCUCUUCUCAAUGUUUCUUUCUUUUUUUUCUUUCUUUCAAUUUGCUUGUUUCUUUCUUUCUUUCUUUCUUUCAAUCUAUGCUCAAUGUUUCUUUCUUUCUUUCUUUCUUUCAAUCUAUGCUCAAUGUUUCUUUCUUUCUUUCUUUCUUUCUUUCUUUCUUUCUUUCUUUCAAUCUAUUCUCAAUGUUUCUUUCUUUCUUUCUUUCAAUCUAUGCUCAAUGUUUCUUUCUUUCUUUCUUUCAAUCUAUGCUCAAUGUUUCUUUCAUUCUUUCUUUUCUUUCUUUCUUUCUUUCUUUCUUUUCAAUUCUUUUCUUUCUUUCUUUUUCUUUCUUUCAAUCAAAUGUUUCUUUCUUUCUUUCUUUCUUUCUUUCUUUCUUUCUGCUCAAUCUUUCUUUUUUCUUUCAAUUCUUUUCUUUCUUUCUUUCUUUCUUUCUUUCUUUCAAUCUUUCUUUCUUUCAUUCUUUCUUUCUUUUCUUCAAUCUUUCUCAAUGUUUCUUUCUUUCUUUCUUUCUUUCUUUUCUUUCAAUGUUUCUUUCUUUCUUUUUCUUUCUUUCUUUUUCUUUCAAUCUAUGCUCAAUGUUUCUUUUUUCUUUCUUUCUUUCUUUUUUUCUUUUUCUUAUUUCAAUGUUUCUUUCUUUUUCAAUCUAGAUUCUAAUGUUUCUUUCUUUCUUUUCUUUCUUUCAAAUCUCUUUUUCUUUCUUUCUUUUUCUUUCUAUUCAAUUUUCUUUCUUUCAAUUUCUAUGCUCAAUCUUUCUUUCAAUUUUUCUUUUUUCUUUCUUUCUUUGCUCAAUCUUUUUCAUUCUUUCUUUCUUUCUUUCUUUCUUUCUUUUUUCUCAAUGUUUCUUUCUUUCUUUCUUUCUUUCUUUCAAUUCUAA